UCCAUCUCCUACAUAGGGUGCAUUUCUCAGUUGUAUUUUUACGUACUUUUUGUUGGUCUUGACAAUUAUCUCCUGGCUGUGAUGGCAUAUGACAGGUACGUGGCCAUCUGUCACCCCCUACACUACACCACCAUCAUGAGGGAGAGGCUGUGUGUGCUGCUGGUGGCUGGCUCCUGGAUUCUCUCCUGUGCCCAUGAUUUGUUGCACACUCUCCUCUUGGUCCGACUGUCCUUUGGUGCCAAUAAUAUCAUCUCCCACUUCUUGUGUGACUUGGCUGCUCUCCUGAAACUGAGCUGCUCAGACAUCUCGCUCAAUGAGCUGGUCAUCUUGACCGAGGGAGGAAUGAUUUUCUUCCUGCCGUUUGGUAUAAUUUUGAGCUCUUAUAUCCGUAUAGGGACCAUCAUCCUGAGGGUGCCCUCCACUAAGAGACUCUUUAAAGCCUUUUCUACCUGUGGCUCCCAUCUCUCUGUGGUGUUUUUAUACUAUGGGACAACUGCAAGUGUUUACUUGUCCUCCUCAUCAUGGGGUUCCAAAGACAUAAUUGCUUCAGUCAUGUACACGGUAGUUACCCCCAUGCUGAACCCCUUCAUCUACAGUCUUAGGAACAGAGAUAUAAAACAAGCCUUACAGAUGUGUGUCAAUAGGGUUAAGUUCUUUAACUGGUAA